CAAGAUAACCCUAAAUCCCCAAAUCUCUUGAUUAGGCCCCAAAGUCGCAAUAAAUAGAAAUUCAUGCUUCCAAUCCUGACCAUCCCGCUCAAUGCCAUCGAUCGUUGUCAGAAACCUAUAAAAUGGGACUUCAUCACGCACACUGUAAGUGUUUCUUCAUUAGCAAUUUUCGUUCUCACCUUCCAGAUUUUAAUCAAAUCAUCCAUGGCGGAUUGGUCUCUUCUCCCCAAGGAUCUCCUCUACCUCAUUGCCCAAUGUUUCGAAACUCCUUUCGACACGAUGCGUUUUCGAUCUGUCUGUUCCUCCUGGAGAUCCGUCGUCUCCCCCAGACGCCAUAGAUCACCAGGUCGAUUCCCAUUUCUUCCAAAUCACGGCAUUUCAGACACUACGUGGGGUUUCUAUCUCACUAAACGCUCCGUAUUUCGUAUUGGAUCUCCUAUGGAUCGCUCAACAGCGCAUUCAAACGACUGGUUGAUCAAGGUCGAAGAAGAUGUGUACGGAAGGAAUAAGCUAGCGAAUCCGCUGUCUAAGUCUAGCUACACUCCAUUGCCGAAAAAUUUCCCCAAGGUAUUGGACUUGUUGAUUUUUCCGGCUUUUGAACUCUGUCAGGAAUUUGUGUUGCAUUACCUUAAUUUUUGGCCUGUGAGUAAUCGGACUGGCGAUGCCAGUGACUUGUAUAGGGAGAAAGUCGCUUAUAAGUGUUUGAAUUACGAUGGCAGUGAAUUUGUUUUGAUUACUAUUCAUGUUUCUGGAAAAUUGGCUAUGUUUAAGUCGGGGGAUGGGCGGUGGAGUAUGAUCCCUCACUCUGUGUUGCCUUAUGAUGAUGUGAUGCUGUUUAAAGGGGAGUUCUAUGCGGUUGAUAAUUCUGGGGCCACCUUCCUGGUGGAAUCUCAAGAUAAAAUCACUUUGGUGGCUGAACCUGUAUUUGGUGGUGACAAGAAGAUUUUGGUGGAAUCCAAUGGUGAGCUGUUUUUGGUCGAUAUGUACUUAACCAUAGACUCCAAAGAGAAUUUUGUUUUGGAUGAUAAAAAUCCUGAAAGUAUUCUACAUGAAAAAACAGUUGGGUUUAAGGUUUUCAAGCUGAGAGAUGAUGGAAGUAAGAAGUGGAUUGUGGUCCGUGACUUGGGUGACACGAUACUGUUCUUGGGUGAAAAUUGCUCUUUUUCUGCAUCAGCUUCAGGAUUAUCUCGUUGUAAAGGAAAUUGCAUAGUCUUUAUUGACGGUUUCCCCUGUCCCUGUGAGGAAGACGAUGGUGAGUUUAAGGGUAGUGACAUUGCUAUAUUUUGCUUGGAGGAUGGAAGUAUAUCGCCUUUAUCUCGACAUGCUGAGUAUUCAUUGUUGUUCUGGCCACCCCCACAUUGGAUCACAUCCAUGUCAGGAAGUUAGCAGCAGUGGCCUACAAUCCUGCAGUCUAUUCAAUCUGUGCCAUGGUUGUCAUACUUCAUUCCAGCUUUUAUCUGAAGGUGAAACCUGAAAUUUACACGGCAGUUUACAGGUAAGCUGUUCAUAAAUAAAGUGUUUACUUCAUUAAUUUGAAUACAGUUGCUUUGGUGUUCGUUGCCACUGCCUGUGCUAACCUUCCAUGGAUGUGGAUAGAGGAUCUUGAUGAUGAGCCUGUAAAUUCCUUUUCCUUGCAUUAGACAAAUUGAAUCUUGUAAUUGAGCCUGAUUUGAUACUUGUAAUUGAGCCUUCCUCCAUCUGAUGUGAACUUUGAUGAUAUGUGAACCAUUUUCUGAACUCCUUUGGUGUCAGUGAACUUAUCUAUUGAAAAAAUUGAGAUCGAAAUGAUUUUCAUUUCCUAUAGUUUGAUA